AGGCCAACCCGAACCCCAGACCAAACUGCCCCCUUCCGCCUCGCCGCCGGCGAUCGCCUGAGAUGUCGUGGCUCGCCCGCUCUCUCGCCACAUCCCUCAACAUCCCCGACAACUCCGGCGCUGACGAUGACCCGGAUGCCUCCCACACCCCUUCUCCCUCCGCGCGCAUCCCGCCGCCGCCGCCGCUCCCCACUCACCCUCCGCAUUCGGGCGCGGCGGAGGGCGUCAAGGAGGACCUUACCGAGCUCUCCAAAACCCUAACGCGCCAGUUCUGGGGCGUCGCCAACUUCCUCGCGCCACCGCCCGGGGAGACGUUGCCGUCACCCUCGCACUCUCCCCAAUCAGCGGGGGGUCAAUCCGCCGAUGCGAGGACACCACCCGAGAUCGCCGGGAUCCGGAACGACUUCGCUGAGAUCGGUGGGAGGUUCAGAAGCGGGAUCUCCCGGAUCUCAGGUCACAAGGCCGUCUCUGGGUUCUCUAAGAUGGCCUCUAGUUUCUUCGCUCCUGAUGACGGCGAGGAGGACGAGUGGGAAGAGGAGCGGAGACGACAGAUUAGGCAUGAGAUGGGAGAGGAGGCGGUAUGGCACGAGGAGGCGGAGGGCGACGAGGAGUGGCAUCAGUGGGAGGAGAGGGUAAGACUUAGGGUGGAGGAUGGCGAUACAAGGCAUGAGUUGGAGAUGGAGAGAGCGAGGGAUGAAGAAGAUGACGAAUUGGAAGAGCAGAGAGCGAGGCAUGGGGAUGGUGGCGAAUCAGGGGAGCAGACAACAAGGCCUGGUGAGGAUGGCGAACUGGAGGAGCUGAGGAUAAGGCAUGAGGAGGAAGUGGAGGAGGAAUGGGAUGUGAUUGGAAUCACUGAGGAGGUUCUUGCAUUCGCCACAAACAUUGCCAGGCACCCGGAGACCUGGCUCGAUUUCCCGUUGCUGCCUGAUGAUGAUGAGUCUGAUGGACCAUUCUCAUAUUUUGAUAUGUCCGAUGCUCAACAAGAACACUCCUUGGCUAUUGAGCAUCUUGCUCCCAGAUUAGCGGCUUUGCGGAUUGAACUAUGCCCAAUACAUAUGAGUCAAGAAUGUUUUUGGAAAAUUUACUUUGUUCUUCUACAUCCUAGACUGAACAAACAUGAUGCUGAGCUUCUAUCUACCCCACAGAUCGUGGAAGCUAGAGCAAUGCUUAUGCAACGUUUGCAAUACCAGUCCAAACUUGAAACUGAGCAUCUAGGUCAUCAUAAGGAUGACCUUGGAGUUCAAUUACGAGGAGACACCUUGAAAGAUGCUACAGAAGCAUUCCCAUUCACGCGAUGGGAAGCAGCUUCUGUUAUGCCCAUAACAGAAAUUGAGAUUGAGAAGCAUCCUAUCCAAGUAACUGAAGUUGCAGUUGUGGACAAAUCGGUCAUCGAAGAGGAGCUGCCCAAGGGUCAUGCUGAGACCUCAAAUGUUUUGCAAGAGGCCUUUGAUGAUGACAUAGACGAUUGGUUCGAGGAGGCUGAUCUUGCUGGCCACCCAACUAUCCACAUAGGUGACGAGGAAGACGUGUCUUUUAGUGACUUGGAAGAGGAUGACGUGAAAUGAUUUAUAGUUGCAAUUGCAAUUUGCAAAGGGAGAAAUCGACCUGUGUAUUGGAAACUGGACACCUCUGCUGUAAAAGAAAAUGGAGGUGAAAGUUGUUCGUAGACACCUCUGCUGUGCAAGAAAAUGGAGAGGUGAAAGUUUUUCGUGAAUGGGAUUGGGUGUACAUUGAAAACUGAGCGGUGUUGUUCGCGAAAAGGGUGUACAUUGAAAACUGAGCGGCUUUGUUUUGCACUCAAGCUGCUAGGGUGAACGCAAUGUGAUCCACUCAAGAUAUGAUGGGGUGCUACAUUUUACUAGCUUUACAGUUUGUAAUUUGAUUCAUACUCUUGUGUACAUAAGCAUUCGUGAUGUUCUAAGGUCAGACAAUAAAGUUCCAUGUGUUACAA